ACCGUCCACGGUCGUCUCUUUGCGUCAAUAUUCGUCGUAGACACAACCCAACAGGACGAACGUUCACAUCCACAUGGACUUUCCACGCAGCACCAUCUGGUAGCGCGUGGACGGACUUGGCGAGACACCCCGCUCGUCGGGUAAAGCGCUCGGGACGGAUCAUGCCACCGCCCGCGCGUAGACAGACGUCGGGGUGCAGCAUGCGCUCACCACUGACCAGGUCUCUCCAGACCACCAUGAUCUCAAGGCGCGCUCUUACAACUCUGCGGCGGGCCCCUCUGUCGCGCGCGUUGUCGUCGCGUGCCUCUGCGGUGCUGUCUGCGCUGGACCUCCAUUCUGGAAGAGAGCUCUCCGGCGUGUAUGACGGCGAAUGGCAUGGCUCAGGCGAAGUCCUGCAGAGCGUAUGCCCAGCAACGGGGGAAGUUUUGGCAAGGGUUCAGUCGGCCACUCCCGCCGAAUUGCAAAGAGCUCUUGAACGCUCUCGGGAGGCUUACCAAGUCUUCCGCAAUGUCCCUGCACCGAAGCGCGGUGAGAUAUUGAGGCAGAUUCGGGAAGCGCUUGCAGCCAAGCGAGAUGCACUGGGUGCACUGAUUACUCUAGAGAUGGGGAAAAUCCGUACUGAGGGUGUCGGUGAAGUGCAAGAGUUCGUAGACAUCGCGGACUACGCUGUGGGACUAUCGAGGAUGAUGAAUGGACGCGUCAUAGCGUCAGAGCGUCCGGGACACUCAAUCCUUGAAGUUCCCAACCCUCUCGGUGUAGUCGCGGUUUUGUCCGCGUUCAACUUCCCCGUGGCCGUAUAUGGCUGGAAUCUCGCGCUCUCGCUCGCGGCCGGUAACGCCACGCUCUGGAAGCCUUCGCCAAGCACCUCGCUCUGCGCCAUUGCAGUCACGAAGAUCGUGGCCGGUGUCCUAGAGCGCAACGGCGUGCCCGGCGCAGUCGCGGGCCUGGUGACAGGUGGCAAGGACGUCGGUGUCGGCAUCGUGGGGAGCAAGCACGUCGAUAUGGUGUCAUUCACCGGCAGCGAGGCUGUCGGCCGCCAGGUCGGCUCCACUGUCCAAUCGCGCUUUGGCAAGGUCCUGCUCGAACUUGGAGGAAACAAUGCUGCGGUCGUUAUGCCCGACGCGGACCUGGAUAUGGCCGUCCCGUCCGUGUUCUUCGGCGCAGUGGGCACCGCAGGCCAGCGCUGCACGUCCACGCGGCGGCUUUAUCUGCACAGCUCAAUCGUGCAAGCCUUCCUCUCGCGGCUCGAGUCGCUCUACCAGUCCGUGCGCCCGGGCGACCCGCUCGACCCUGCGACGCUCCUCGGGCCACUGCACACGCGCGCCGCGGUAGAUAUCUACCACAACGCGGUUGAGCGCUUGCAGAAGACGGGCGCGGAGAUCCUCACAGGCGGCGCAGCGUACAGUGAGCUGCCCGCGCCGCUGAACGGGGGCAACUUCGUGAUGCCAACCAUCGCGAUCCCCCAGGCGGUGGACGUGAAGGACCCGGUGUGGAGCACGGAGACGUUUGCGCCGGUGCUGUGUGUAGGCGUGUUUGACGAGAUUGAGCAGGCGAUUGAAUGGAACAACGGCGUGCCGCAGGGCCUGAGCAGCAGCUUGUGGACGCGCGAUAUCCGGAACGUCGGGAAGUGGAUCGGUCCUGCGGGUUCUGACGCAGGCAUUGUCAACGUCAACGUAGGCACGAGUGGCGCCGAGAUCGGUGCUGCGUUCGGCGGAAACAAGAGCACAGGCUGGGGUCGCGAGUCGGGUGGCGACGCGUGGAAGCAGUACGUCCGCUGGAGCGCGUGCACACUCAACUUCUCGGAUGCCGCGCCCCUUGCGCAGGGCGUGCAGUUCUCCAACCCGGCUUGAGUCGGCAUGCUGCUCUGCCCUCUCGGACAAUUGUAGCAUUAGCAUACAGGAAGUUGGAUCUCACUGGACUCUCC